GCACGACAGCGGGCACCGGGUCAUCAGGUACCAGGAUUGUCUGGCUCGACCAGCGGGUAUCGGGUCACCAGGUAUGACAGCGGGCACCGGGUCAUCAGGUACCGGAUUGUCUGGCUCGACAGCGGGCAUGGGUCACCAGGUAUGACAGCCGGGCACUGGGUCACCAGGCAUCAGGUCAUUUGGCUUGCCAGCGGGCACCGCGUCAUCUGGCAAGGCAGUGGGCACCCGGGUCACCAGGCAUUGGAUCGUCUGGCUCGACAGCGGGCAUCGGGUCACCAGGCAUCAGGUCAUUUGGCUCGCCAGCGGGCACCGCGUUUCAUCUGGCAAGGUAGUGGGCACUGAGUCACCAGGUAUGACAGCGGGCUCUGAGUCAAUUGGCACGACAGUGGGCACUGGAUCAGGUACCCGAUCGUCUGGAUCAACAGCGGGUAUCGAGUCAACUGAC